UCCCCCCAUUCUCCACAAGGCAACUAUUUGCCCGGGACACGUACGUGAACCUCCUCAAAUUGGCGCACUAAUCCUAAAAGGAGCCAUGAAGUGUUAAACGGUAGAAACAGAGAGAGCGGCGCUCAGACACCCGCACGCUGGGAGAGAGGGAGGAAACAGCGCUGCUCCAAUGCGUCUGUGCAGCACAGACUGAAGAAAAAAAAAACUUAUCGACUCACAAAACCAGAACCUGCGCUGCGCAAUUAGUGCGAGAAAAUUCACUUUUUCCUCGGGUUUUGAAGAAAAUAAAUAAAGAAAUCAAGCUGGCUCAGUGCGUGUCUCAGCAGCCCACUUUGACAGGUGCUCCUCACCCCCUUUGGAGGACUGUCAACAGCAAGAGGAUGGCAUCAGAGCUGGCAAUGAGCAACUCCGACCUGCCCACCAGUCCCCUGGCCAUGGAAUAUGUUAAUGACUUCGAUCUGAUGAAGUUUGAAGUGAAAAAGGAGCCGGUGGAGCCCGAUCGCAGCAUCAACCAGUGCAGCCGCCUGGUCGCCGGGGGAUCCCUAUCUUCCACCCCGAUGAGCACGCCUUGCAGCUCGGUUCCCCCCUCUCCAAGCUUCUCGGCGCCCAGUCCGGGAUCAGGGAGCGAACAGAAGGCGCACUUGGAGGAUUUCUACUGGAUGACCGGGUACCAACAGCAGUUGAACCCCGAAGCUCUGGGCUUUAGCCCGGAGGACGCCGUAGAGGCACUGAUCAGCAGCAGUCACCAGCUCCAGACCUUCGACGGCUAUGCCAGGGGGCAGCAGUUCGGCGGCGCAGCCGGUGCAGGGGGCGCCAUGGCCGGGGAGGAGAUGGGAUCAGCGGCCGCCGUGGUGUCCGCGGUUAUCGCUGCAGCCGCAGCUCAGAACGGGGCUCCCCACCACCACCACCACCAUCACCACCACCACCACACAGGGGCACACCACCCUUCCUCCGGGUCCCAGUCCGGCGGCGGCGCGGGGGGAAACCACCAGCACCUGCGCUUGGAGGAGCGGUUCUCGGACGAGCAGCUGGUGACCAUGUCGGUGCGGGAAUUGAACCGGCAGCUCCGGGGGGUCAGCAAGGAAGAAGUGAUCCGUCUGAAACAGAAGAGGAGGACGCUAAAGAACAGAGGCUAUGCCCAGUCCUGUCGGUACAAGCGAGUCCAGCAGCGGCACGUCCUGGAAGGAGAGAAGACGCAACUCAUGCAGCAGGUGGACCACCUCAAGCAGGAGAUCUCCCGGCUGGCCAGGGAGAGGGACGCCUACAAGGAGAAAUACGAGAAGCUGAUCAGCACCGGCUUCAGAGAAAACGGAGGGUCCAGCAGCGACAACAACCCCUCGUCCCCGGAGUUUUUCAUGACGUCAAGAAAAUUCCUCCAUCUGUGAUAGAGAGCCGUGACCUCUCGGUCCUGAACCCCUGGAGUCUGAGAUAUCAUGACAUUGGAUUGCUGUUUCAAGAACAACCUACGGCCUCCAGACUGCCAUAAAGCACAAUGUCUUGAAAUUGCCCACGACGAAAACCACCACCGGCUUCAGGGCAUCCAAUCCACAGAAAACCCAAAGCCACAAUUCAACACUCAAAAGUAAUGAUUAAGAAAAACAA